AAAAAAAACAGAAAAACUCAUCAGACGAGUAAAGGAAGUAGCAGCGGUCUCGUCUUUUUGGUCGCACGUCUGAAUCACCAUCAUCAUCACAAGACCUCUCUUUGUUCCCGUGACAGAUCAUUCUUAACCAAAACUCACCAACCCAUCUCUUUAUUUCACCCAAUUCCUUACUCAUUUACUUCUGGGUUCCGUAAUUACGUUCCCAGGUUCGAGCUUCUUCUCCGGACAAUCUGAAACCAAAUUGUAUAUCAAAAUUUGUUGUUUUCUUCAGACAUUGUUUACUUUGGAGCAAGUUAAGCUAUUUGAGACUCUCAUUACAUGUCGGAAACUUCGGCUCCGGCUGGUCAUUCAGGUUGUGUAUAGUGGAGAUAGAUCUUGGAACAAAGAUGAGGACGAUGAAGAACAAAUACAACAAGAGAGCAGCGUCUUUGCGUUGUUCACCUUUUACUUUAGUGUCAGCAGUUGUUGGAUGUGUUUUCAUGAUACAUCUAACCAUGUUAUAUAGCAGAAGAUAUAGUGUAGAUCUUGAAGUUUCACCUCAGUUACUAAUCCACCAUCCCAUUGUCCGUGAGCUCGAGCGGGUUGAAGAAGAGAAUAUUCAUAUGCCGCCUCCUAGGAAGCGUUCUCCGCGAGCUAUCAAACGAAAACCGAAAAGACCAACCACUUUAGUCGAAGAGUUUCUCGACGAGAAUUCUCAGAUUCGACAUCUUUUCUUUCCCGAUAUGAAGUCCGCUUAUGGUCCUACCAAGGGUGAGGUUAAUGAUACAUCCCAUUACUAUUUCCCCGGGAGAAUUUGGACAGAUACUGAAGGGAAUCCGAUUCAAGCACACGGCGGUGGCAUUUUGUAUGAUGAUAUAUCUAAGGUUUACUAUUGGUAUGGUGAAUACAAAGAUGGACCAACUUAUCUUUCUCACAAGAAAGGAGCUGCUAGAGUUGAUAUAAUCGGUGUUGGAUGUUACUCGUCGAAAGACUUAUGGACAUGGAAAAACGAAGGCGUUGUAUUAGCAGCCGAAGAAACAGAUGAGACACAUGACUUACACACAUCCAAUGUACUCGAGCGGCCUAAAGUGAUCUACAAUUCUGAUACCGGGAAAUACGUGAUGUGGAUGCAUAUCGACGAUGCAAACUACACUAAAGCUUCAGUUGGUGUAGCCAUUAGCGAUAACCCAACAGGUCCAUUCAAUUACUUGUACAGCAAAUCGCCACACGGUUUCGACAGUAGAGACAUGACCGUCUUCAAAGAUGAUGAUAACAUCGCCUACUUGAUAUAUUCAUCAGAGGACAACAGCGUGCUGCACAUCGGUCCUCUGACCAAAAACUACCUCGAUGUGGAGCCAGUAAUGAAGAGAAUCAUGGUGGGGCAACACAGAGAAGCUCCGGCUAUCUUCAAACAUCAAAACACUUACUACAUGAUCACUUCUGGUUGCACUGGAUGGGCACCAAACGAAGCACUGGCUCACGCCGCUGAGUCGAUAAUGGGUCCAUGGGAGACAUUGGGGAAUCCAUGUGUAGGCGGGAACAGUAUUUUCCGGUCAACGACGUUUUUCGCGCAGAGCACGUUUGUGAUUCCGUUACCAGGUGUUCCUGGUGUGUUUAUAUUUAUGGCGGAUAGGUGGAAUCCAGCAGAUUUGAGAGACUCGAGAUAUUUAUGGUUACCGUUGAUAAUCGGUGGACCGGCUGAUCAUCCUCUUGAGUAUAAUUUCGGGUUUCCAAUGUGGUCGAGAGUUUCUGUAUAUUGGCAUAGACAAUGGCGAUUACCUUCAGCAAAAGAGAAGAAGAUUGCUUAGAAAGAAAGAAAAACAAAGCUUUUCAUAGUCUUUUUCACCUGUUACUUCUUCUUCUUCUUCCUUUCCUCUGUUGUGCUGCUGCUCAUUGUUAUGGUUGUUGUUGUUGUUGUGCUGCUAUGUUUUCGUUUAUACAGGUUAGAAAAAGAGAGACUCAAUAGGCCAUUGUGAAUACAGAUCACUUUGAGGAUAGUGUAUGACUUCUGUUAUGUUACAUUUACUUUAGGACA